CCGAACCCGAGCUCACCGCACCCGUCGCACCGCACCGCACCGCACCGAACCGCGCGCGGCAGGAGGAGACCACCGUCCUUUCCUCUCCGCCUCGGCCUCGCUCCCUCCGGCCCCGACCGACGGCGACCCCCGCGACCGCCGCUUCCUCCCCGCCCCCGCCGCCGAUCUCCGCUCCGGCUGCUCCAGGCGGCGACCUUCUCCCCCUCGCGCCACUGGGGGGAUCCACCCCGGAGUACUGAGCAUCUGUUCCAGGGAAGGGGAGCGGCGGCGGCGGUUUUGGUUUGGCGUUGGUGAGUUGAUUUUGAUGGUACAAUGAGCAGGCCAAACACACGAAAUAAGAGCAAGAGGCCGCGGGCUGAUGACUGCGAGAGCCCGUCUGCUGUUUUCAAGAAGAUACAUUCCACUGGAGCAAUCACAAAAGGCGAUAUUAAACAACUUUAUAUGGUGUGGAAACCUGUUUGUCAUGGUUGCCAUGGGAACUCCAAGGACUCACCCAAUUGUUUCUGCGGGUUGAUCCCUGCUGCUAAUGGGGUGAGGAAAUCUGGCCUGUGGCAGAGAACAAACGAGAUCAUUCGCGCCCUUGGUCCUAACCCGUCGACGGAUCUUCGUGACUCCACUGAGACGCCUGCUGGAUUGACUAACCUGGGCGCUACCUGUUAUGCAAACAGCAUACUGCAGUGCCUUUACAUGAACACCUCCUUCCGCUUGGGCAUUUUCUCUCUAGAGCCCGACAUCUUGAAGAUGCACCCUGUGCUGGAUCAGCUUGCUCGGUUAUUCGCUCAGCUACACUCCAGCAAAAUGGCUUUCAUUGAUUCGGCACCUUUUAUAAAAACCUUGGAAUUAGAUAAUGGUGUCCAGCAGGACAGCCAUGAAUUCCUCACAUUAUUUUUGUCUUUGCUCGAGGGUUCACUAAGUCAUUCCAAGGUUCCAGGGGCUAGAACCAUUGUGCAGCAUUUGUUCCGUGGAAGUGUGUCCCAUGUUACUCGGUGCUCAUCAUGUGGAAGGGAUUCCGAAGCAUCUUCAAAGAUGGAAGACUUUUACGAACUGGAGCUUAACAUUAAAGGUUUAAAUAAUCUAGAACAAAGUUUGGAUGACUAUUUGAGUACUGAGGCACUGGAUGGAGAGAACCAGUACUUCUGUGAGUCAUGUCAGAAAAGGGUAGAUGCCACUCGUUGCAUAAAACUUCGCUCACUUCCUCCUGUUGUUAAUUUUCAGCUGAAACGCUAUGUAUUCCUCCCAAAGACAACAACAAAGAAAAAGAUUUCUUCGGCAUUCAGUUUCCCAGGACAGCUAGAUAUGGGGAAGCGGUUAUCCAAUCCUUCAUCUAGUUAUACGUAUGGCCUGUCUGCUAUUUUGAUCCACAAGGGUAGUGCUGCCAAUAGUGGGCACUAUGUAGCACAUGUAAAGGACGAAAGCAAUGGUCAAUGGUGGGAGUUUGAUGAUGAGCAUGUAUCCAAGCUUGGUCUUCAUCCCUUUGGUGAAAAACCAGGCAAAUCAUCCGAUAAAACUGAUCAGAAACCCCAGGGUAGUUCUACAGCGGAUUCUGUUACGAAUGAUGACAACAAUAGCUGUCAUGAGGCUGCAUUCACUUCUACUAUGGAAGAGAUGUUUUCUUCUACAGAUGCUUAUAUGCUGAUGUACAAACGCAUUGCUAAGGAUGAGAAUGGUAUCGAAAGCAAUAAUAUAAGCAGUAACAAUUCGCUCCCACACCAUUUUGUGGAUGAAAUUGAUGAACGUAAUACAUCAUAUGUAAAGGAAUGUGAAGAAUACGAAAGCAAGAAAGACGUCCAUUUGGCAUAUAUAACAGAGAGGCGCCAAGAAGUAAAAUCUGUUCUGACAGAAGCGCCUGCAACUCCAGAGGAGGAUUCUUAUUUUUGGAUUUCAACAGAUUGGCUUCGCCAAUGGGCGGACAACGUUAAUCCUCCCUCCUCUAUUGACAACAGUCCGAUUCAAUGUGAACAUGGAAAAGUUCCAGCGUCAAAAGUUACAUCCAUGAAACGACUAUCAGCUGGAGCUUGGCAUAAGCUAUUUUCUAAAUAUGGAGGGGGGCCAACAUUGAGCAGUGAUGAUUUUUGCAUGGAGUGCCUUAAGGAUGGAGCAAAAAAUUCAGUAUCUGCAGAUGUUUAUCGUGAUCGGAAGGCAUCAUUAAGAAGUAUUGCAGAAGCAGCGCUUGCUGGAAAUAAUCCAGAUGGUCCUUUGUACUUUGUUUCCAGGCCAUGGUUGACCCAAUGGUUGCGCAGAAAAAAUGUGGAUAUCCCUUCAGAUGCUGACAGUGGACCAACAAUUGCUCUAACGUGCACCCAUGGAAAUCUUCUUCCGGAACAUGCUUCAGGCGCAAAGCGGGUCACUGUGCCAGAGGACCUAUGGUUAUUUCUCUAUGAAACCAGUGGAAUGAAGAUUGAUGAUAUUGUGACUUUUCCGUCAGAUAGUCAACCAUGCGGAAUUUGUAGCCAGCAAUUAUCAGUUGUUGCUUCUGUUGAGGAUAAUCUUAGAGCAGUGAAACUCAAGCAACGACAAAGCCAUGAAAAGUUAACUUCUGGGAAAAGUCUUGCACUUCAUCCUGGGCAAAAAUAUUAUUUAGUUCCUUCCUCAUGGUUGUCAGAGUGGAGAGCUUACAUUACAGCGACUGGGAAAAAUAUUUCUUCGUUACCAGAACCUCAAUCUCUUGAAGUUACCAUCAAUUCACUAAUCUGUGAAAAGCAUUCAAGAUUGUUGCAAAGGCCCUUGGAUCUAGUUUGCAAGCGUGGGACUAUCACUCAGAAAGCAUCAAAUACUGAUGGAUUAACAAUGAUAUCAGAAUCUGAUUGGAUUUUAUUCUCUGAAGAGUGGAAUGUAGCACAUGGAAAAGGUUUAUGUGCUGAAAUUGUUUUUAGCAAGAGCUCUCAAGAUAACCUGCAGUCAUCUGAAGCAGUGCCAAUUUUGGUUGAAGAUCUGGACCAGUCAACAAAUGAUUUAAGCAAUGACUUGGGGGGCAGAGAACCCUAUGUCAGAACUGAUCCUGAGGUUUGUGAAGAAUGUAUUGGAGAAAAAGAGAGCUGUGCAUUGGUUGAGAAGCUCAAUUAUCAGAAUGAAGAUAUCCAGGUUUAUCUUGUCCGUGGUAAAGAAGCGCCAAAGUCAAUUAGAGAGGCAUCGGCAGCUGUUCCUGUACCAGAUCGUAGGACUUCAAAGCGUUCCCGGAGAACAACCUCAGGAAAUUCGAUCAGUUUGAAAGUCUCUGGUUCUACAACCGUAUAUCAGUUGAAACUCAUGAUAUGGGAAUCUUUAGGGAUUGUUAAGGAGAACCAGGAGCUUCACAAAGGCUCUGUUGAGAUUGAAGAUGAUUUUGCUACUCUUGCUGACAAGUGUAUUUUUCCUGGAGAUGUUCUAUGGGUUAAAGAUUCCGAAAUCUACGAGAACCGUGACAUAGCAGAUGAAAUUUCGGAGCAGAAGGUUGUAGUACAGACUGAGGAAGGCUUUCGUGGGACUCUGUUGACAUCUAGUGCUUCAGCUCAGCUUUGCCAGGAUAUAUCAUUUAGCGAUUGAGUUCUCCAAUGUCAGCUACAUCACUGCCUGCAUAUGCUUGCUUCAGCUAGUUAAGCUUGCUUGGAGGAGUAUGCUGAGGAUUAAGUCACAACAAGUUGUUCUAAAUACAUGGCGGUUCUGCACUUGCCGUCACCGUGGGUGAAAAGUUUUGUCUGCCCCUUAUCUCCAUACUCUGUUUCCACCUUAGGGUGUGCGUCCUGCUGUUGUAUCAGCAUGCCAAAAUGAGCGGAAAAAGAGGGUAUGUAAUUAUUUAGGUAGUUAAUCCUUGUACUACCUUUUAGUGGCUAUGCAGAGGUUUUAUGAAGGAGAGCCGGAAACUAUAUGUAGAGCAGUUCGCUGUGUGUUCUUACGUUGUGGGAUCUGCAAUUCUUCAGAUCUCAUCCCUGCAGCUUUUCUCCCGUUUAUUUGUUUGUGGGCUCGCCCCUUUCCUAA